UGAUAACGAAACGUCAUUUCAAUAGUUUGACGGAGUUGCGCAAAAUAAAUUAAUUUUUUGACUCUCACUCACUCAUUGCGGCUGCCAUGUUUUUUUUCAUGUGGGGUGUGUGUGUAUUGAUAUAACAUGAUAGUUUAACCCCAUAAUUACUAUUACAGAAGGGGUAGAACCAAGUUCAUUUGUUUAUAGCUAGUGACAAUGCGAUCGCCCACAUUAAACUAAUCGUGACAAAAGUUGCCUUAUUUUUAUCGUAUCACUAGCAAAACCAGGCCAAAGAAUAAAAAAUGUAUUAGUACGAUAUUAGAAGAAAGGAUCGAUAUAAUCACACGGCCCACGGCAAAUGAAAAUGGACCCUCGAUAUUUGAGCGUAAUAAUGGUGUUUGAUAACGACAGUAAUUAUCAAGGGCAGGAUGCGUAAGCAUAAAAGAGAGAGCCAGGCGGACGCCUGUAGGCCUGCCACGUCCAGAGAACUUCACCAGACUCCACAACUCAGCAUCUGAUACACAAACCAUAAACACAGAGGAUAUGCAGUGCUCUAUUAUACUGGAAAGAGAACGAAACACUGGAAAUGUUAAAAUGAAGACUAUUAACAAUUAUAAGAAUCCUUACAAGAAGGAAGCUAACUUUAACAUCAUUGUGGACCAGCUUUGCACUAGACUUCAAGACAUAAAGGAUCAAGAGAUUGCGUCACAGGUAGGCAUGCCCACGUGUUCCCUAGAUCACACUGAGGCUGUUCGACGAUAUUACGCUGCCUUUCCCGCUCUGGACAAGGGGCAGGAGUCGCCGCUGCAGUACUAUCUACCGCCGCCAGCGUGGUGUCGCAAAUCAGCGGCCGAUUGCAACCAAGCCAAGAUGCAAAACGAUAUAGCCGUCUCAAGAGACUGGAACACAAAAAAUAAAAAGCUGUUUUCGGGUAAAGAACGACGCAAUUCAUACCACGGCCAAAAGAAGGGCAAUAAAAAGCGCUGCAAUAGUUAUAGUAGGUCCUUUGAAAGCAAGGAGAGCCUGCCGGAGUGGGUCACGAACGAGGGAGUCUGGGACAUCGAAACUCAAGAUCCCGUCAAGGAGUUCAUUAGGGCUAUAGCGUUGGACGAAGGUUACGGCACCUGUGAAAACACGGUCACCGACGAAAUCAAUCAGAUUACAUCGGCGAAACGCAGAAUGAACGACAAUAUGGUGCUGCCAAACUGCGAGGUUAGUCUUAAUUUUAAUGCACAAUGGAUCGUGACAGAAGAUCUUAAUCCAAGGGUAAGGAGUCCGAUGGAGGAAGAGUUAUAUGCAAAAUUUGAGGCGAAAUUCGAUCGUAGCAUCGAAGCCUUGUGGAGUAAAGAUCAGAACACGCCAGACGACGAGUAUCAAGACCUUCCGAUUGAUUUCCAAGAUCUUCUGUCAUCUCCAUCCGAUCAUCUGUUCGCCGAUCCGUCCGCCGAGAAAUGUAGUUUUAUGUCGCUCACGGAAAGCAUCUGGUCGAACGACCCAACCGACGCGGUGUUCGAGCGCGCUCAGUCUACUUCGAAGAUGGCGGAGGCGCUGCACGACCGCUUCAGGCCGCUGAACCUCGCCGACGCCGAGCCGCGACCCCAGCCCUGCGCGCCGCGACUGCUGGAUUCCUUCGCACUCUACGAGGGGGAAGAGUUGUACGACGCGCUGUCGACCGUGGCCAAAACUAUGCGCUCCUUCACCGCCAUCAACCACAGCCGCGACCGCAGCGGCUUCGUGGAAGUGCCGCCGCGUCGCCAUCCGCGCAACGAGCCGCUCCCGCCCCCGCCGGAACCGAAACCCGCCGAGGAGGCGCUCCGUCGAUCCGCGUCCCGCGAGGAUCUCCUCACGUCGUCGCGCACGCACUUCAAGCCGAUCCGCCGCGAGUCCGAAUCGGAGGCCGUCCGGUACGCCGACGGCGACACGUUCGACAUCCGCGGGGACCUCGACCCGGUCGAGUUCAGCCGCAGCGCGUCCGGCGGCGUGUACCUGAAGAGCUCGCUCGAGCGCUACCUGGAGUUCCGCACGGGCGGCAUCGACUACGGCCGGCUCAACCUGACGGACGCGCAGCGCUGCCCGGACCUCGACGACCCGUGCUUCCGGCUGCGGUUCCCGAUGCGGCAGCUGGACGUGGGCGUGCAGACCGAGCGGCCCGCGGCGGCCGCGUGGGGCGCGUGCGAGGAGUGCGGCCGCGCCGCCAAGAAGAUGCGGCCCGACGGCGACAUCUGCGGCGCGCGCGGCUGCCCGGCGUGCGCCGCGCCCGCGCCGCGCCGCGCCGCGCGCGCGCCGCCCGCGGACGGCGAGUGGGAGGAGCUGGUGUGGGCCAUGAGCGCGGCGGCGGGCGCGGACCGCAAGCGGCGCCACAGCGCGGCGCUGCGCUGCGUGGCGCCGGCCUGCACGCACCCGCACGCGCGCUUCCUGCCGUGCUGCACGCUGGCCCUCGACCGACCCCUCACGCGCUAACUCCGCCGACUAUUUUUUUGCUUGAUGGAUUUGACACCCGUUCUGUGUGCGAGACUCGCGGAGCAACAAAAUCACCACUUCUCCUUGUAGCUUCGUGUUCGUCGAUUGUGCCGGUUUGAUAUCACGUCGCGCGAUGGACGGGGAGAGCGUUCGAAUGCCUUACGAUCGGCUUUUCGAUGUGAAACUGAUAGUUUCCUUCAAUAACGACACCUAGGCUCACGGUAUCACCAUCAGACAAAAAAAUAGUUUGUUGUGUAUACUGAGACAUUUAAUAAAUGUAUAUUCGUUAAUCUUCUUUUGCUCUGUGCUCAUUUCCGGCAUUCAUUUUUAGUCGUUCCGACAGCCAAAUUGAACGACGCCAUUUUCUUUUAAUGGUUUACAUUGGGAAUUAGCAAAGAGCUAAAGUUAUAAAUUUUCUAUUUUUGUUCUAAAGAAAUCAUAUUUUAUUUACUUAUAUUUUAAGAUCUGUAAAUAUAAUUUAUUAAGUGUCUCGGUAGGAAGCUCAAAUCACGUAGUGUAUGUCACGCUGAAUAUUGAAAGAACGAUUUAUUGUCGGGUUGCUUAGAAUCAAUAGUGGUUAAUUCUACAGUCGGUCUUAUUGACACAGAACGCGUACGUAAAAAAGUAAAAAAUCAAGCCGCGUCGACCUUAAAUUCAAGUCUUAUUAUCAGUACGCAUUGAAGGAAUUACACCAACCUUAAAAAUCGUAAAACUACAAUAAUUAUUGCGCGGAACUGUGUCAAGGUGAACCGUGUUUUGUUUAUCUUUGCCAACCUAUCGUACCGCAUUCUCUGUAUAUAUUCGCCCUUUUCCUACAUCGAUUAUGGUAAUUUGAAAUUCUAUAAAAAAUAUUAUAACAGUUCUUGAAACUCCUGACAAAAGUGACGCCUACGCACUUGAGAUUCGAAUAUAAUAACAAUGCUCUGUUUUACUCUUUCAAGUGGCAUUAGAUGGAAAAAGUUAGCAAUAAUAAUAGGAUUAAACUAGCAAAGCCUUGCAGUUAUGUUCUCCGGAUUGUGUAAUGAUGUUGAAGAGAAGGCUAGACAUGCUAACAUAUCUUAUGAUUGUAGAUAUUGAGCGAAGGAGGAGUAUAUUUAGUAUUAAUUUUAGUUCAAUGUUUCUUUGUAGAGAUUUCAUAUUGGUAUGCAUGUUUGAUGGAAUGCUCCGUUUAUCGCAUUAUGUCAACUAUAUUUGGUAAAGAUUGAAUAAUGUAUGUGACUUAUACGCGGUUGAUAAAUGAACUGUUGUUAAUAUAUGAAUUAGUAUAUAUUGUUUUACUUGAAAUGUUAUUUAGAAGUUUUAUCGGUGUAUUCUGUUUUAGAAAAUUCACUAUGAGGUGAACGCUAAGAACGGAGCAUUUCAGUGCAAGCAUAUAGGACGAUUCUAAUAUAAUUCUUACAAUAAUAUCGUCCCAAGUUGUUUUAUAAUUUGUUAAUGUAAAAUGUAGAUAGAGCCGGUAUUAUAUUUUUGUUAGUAUUUUUCGUUAACGUUUUCCUGCCUAUCUAAAUUCAAUCAAAAUUAAAUGAGAUUGUUUUCUGUUAAUAUACUUUACUAUUUUUAAAUAAUACAGGUAUUGACAUGCACGUAUUGUAUCGUGGCCCCAGGGUGACAACGGUACGUUCCGCGCGUGUUUAACACCUGUAUUAUUUAUAAAUAGUAUAAUGUAACGCGACAGUUUAAAAUACAUUUUACAUUGAUGCUAUGUGACGGAUCGGGCGCGCUUUCACUCUCCAGUAGUGUUUGCCUUUUUCGGAAAUCCAUCUUCGAGAUAUUUUAUACCGAGAAAGGUAAGCAGUGCUGAAGCUUUGAUCAUGUUCAAAGCCAGUGGAGGUUCGCCUUUUAUGUGCGGCUUUACGUUAUGGACGGUUUGUUUUCAUGGUGUGUCCAGUAAGUUAGGUUUUACACGCGGUGAUUUUAUUGAAUGGCCGCACGAUAAUGUAGGCGGCCAGUGAAGGCAGUGCUUCUGUACUCGCCGUCGGCCUUAGUGGUAGUCUGGUGGAGAGUAAUACGGUGGACGAUUAGUAAGGCCACCAUUAGUGUUGUCCGGUGAGAAGACUAUGUAUUGUGCUCUUCGUAUUAAAACGUGCAGUCACUUUCCAAUGCUGCUACCAUCUAGUUCCCGACGAUGUCUCGAAGGGAACCAUCGAUAGUGACUGCGAGAUUGUAACAUAAUUUACAGCUCCAGAUAUGAAUUAUAACAGUUCAUAGGUGUAACUGUUAUUAUAGUUUAUGUAAAGCGUAAGAAGUGUAUAUGUUAUAUUUUCGUAUAUUUUCGUUUUAUAUAGGGGGUGGCGGUCGUCGUAGCGCUCGGCGUAUGCGGCGCCCGCGCAUCCCGCACAUACAUUUUAUUUACUUCAUUUGAAAGCCUUCCGUAGUUACAGUUUCAUAUAAAAUUUUAAUAUUCGUGCAAACUUUGCUAUUUUAUGUGUCGUGUUUUAUAUAUUUAUUUUUCUGUAGUGUGAUUUUACAUCUGUUUGUAAUAACUGAAAAGAAAUAAAAACACCAAAAAAAUAUUUCAUUACAUCAAAAGGCUAUUCUUGUAUAUAUUUAGUAAUAUAUUGCGAAAUUAAUGUAAAGACAUGUUUCAGUUAUUUUAUUCUUAUACUUUAUUGAAUCCGUGGUUUUACUACUCUGAAAUUUUGCAUGUUUGUACUGUUACGUAAACGCCACCAACUGUUUACGCUGUUACAGAUAAUUAUAUAAUAUGAUAUGUAUCUAAAGUUAUAAUUUUAACUAUAAUAUGGUUGGGUAUUUUCGACUCGUUGAGCUAAUUAAUUCACAUUCGUUUUAUAGCGUGUCACAUUAAUAUUUUUUGUUCAUUUUCUGUCAUAAGUUCAUAUUAUAUUGUACUUAUUCCAUUAACGAUAUUCGAUAAAGGAUACCUCGAUAAAAAAAAUUAGAAAAAACAAAAAAAAAAAGAUAAUAUUAGAUUCAAGUUUGCAUAUAAUAUUAUGUUUGAUUAGUUGUUAAUCUAAUGUAAUGUGCUUAUGCACUUGUUUAUCUAAACGUCCGCAACAUCUUUGGAUAGUGUCGUGUUUUCUGACGACGUUAUGACGCGCAGAAAAGACGACUUGUAUGUUUGCAACGUACGUAAGGGGACUAUUGUCAUAAUAUUAUAAUGUAGCACGAACAUCUGUACGUUGCGGACUAGGUACGGUAUCAAUAGGUAAAUUUUGAUGAGUUUUCGUUGUCACAGUUGCAUAACGUGUUUCAAUAUACUUAUUGAUAUCGCAUCAUUUCCUUGCAAUCACUCGCGUGAUCGACAAUACGGAGGUGCCAAUAGGAAACGAGUGAUUUCAAGGAUUCGUAGUUACGUCCCCGAAGUUAAUUUCUAUUUGUACGCCACCGAACACGUGUGGCCAAGCUUGUCAGUAACGUAUUGGUAUCUAUUUGAAUCUUUCACAAUUUUUCACAGGCUGAUUUGAGUUGUGUUAAAAUUAUAAUGCUUUAUGUUGAGAUGAGAGCAACUAAUUACCUGUCGAAUUUGGACACGUAGCUAUACAUAGCACACGUUUGAAAAUUUGUAAAAACGACGAUGUUGUGUGUAGUAUUUGUAAAUUCAAAAUCUGCAACGCUCUCAGGAACAAGUAAGCUUGUAACCGAUUGCUCGUGCCUUGGUUACAUGCACAUUUGUUUAUUCCUUCUGUCAAGUUUAUCAUUUAUUUUUCUCUUUCGAAAUUAAGAUCCAUUAGAAUAAAAACUAUCUUAUAGGCCGGGGUAGGAGCAUUAUGCAAGGGAUUUCACAUCUUGAUUUUGGCAUUUUAGCAAAAAUACUGUAACAUGUAAUUUUAAUACUAAUUGCCACACUAAAUUUGCUUUGUUAAACUCGACUCUGAUUUUUGCACGAUCAUCUUUUGAUUAAUAAAUAGUAAGUAUAGUGAUGUUCCUAAAUUUUAGAUCAAAUUAUAUCUUUCUAGUUGUAUAACUAUACCAUAGUGUCAAAUUACUGAAGAUCGAUUAAUAAUUAGAAGUGUUUGUCCCUGAAAAUAGUUACCAUUUUCAUAUGUUAGGUUUUGCUCACUACUCUGGUACUUGCCACCUAUGGGAAGAAAAUAAAUGAAAUAAUCCACA